CCCGUCCCGCAUGCGCAGCGGGCAGAGGGGCGGAGCCUCGGCCUGGCGCUGGGUCGAAGGCGGAAGCGGCGGGAGGGGGCCUGUCGCCAUGGCGACCGCGGCGGAGGGGCUGCCUGAGGCCAGCGCGCAGCCCGCUAAGCGUAAGGGGCCGGGGCCGGGGUCCUCUCCAGAGGAUCCCGCUGUUGAAACAGCAGAGGAAGCUAAGGAACCACCAGAGGCAGACAUAAAUGAACUCUGUAAAGACAUGUUCAGCAAAAUGUCCACAUAUUUAACAGGUGAACUGACAGCCACCAGUGAAGACUACAAACUCUUGGAAAACAUGAAUAAGCUGACUAGCUUGAAGUACCUAGAAAUGAAGGACAUUGCUAUAAACAUCAGUAGAAAUCUGAAGGAUUUAAAUCAAAAAUAUGCUGCUCUUCAGCCAUAUCUGGAACAAAUCAACCUUAUUGAGGAACAGGUUGCAGCUCUGGAGCAGGCAGCUUAUAAAUUGGAUGCAUAUUCCAAAAAACUUGAAGCCAAGUACAAAAAGCUGGAGAAACGAUGAAAUCACAGCAGUCUUUAGGUGGACUGAGUCAGACCGAUCUCAGUGUUUAAGUUGCACAACAGCAAUUCUGUACGUUGACAAGGAUUUUGUUACAGCUAACAUCAAGACUAGUAAAUUUUCUAUCUGUUGAAUACAUUAGGCUGAAUUAAGGCUUAAGGCUAAAUGAUACUUUCCCCUCCUCAAGAGGUUCUGUUGCCUCAGUUUUGCAGUGAAAAGUAGAAGCCUGUACAUAACUUGUAUGUUGAUGCUGACUAUGUGUUAGUCCUUUGUUCCAUACGAAGUACUCUAUCCAGGAAAAUCCCUCCAUACCCUGGAAGGACACUUCCCCAUAGUAGUAGCAGGAUCUGAAUUUAUUUUUUUUCCUUUUUUGAGCUCUCCAAUGCCUUGGCUUUUGGAGGUAUGAACAUGGUAUGGAAAACACUUUGUUUUGAUAUCCACCUUUGUUUGAAAUAGACUAAUUAUUACAAGUUUACAAUAAAACUGGUUGCUGCAUUUGUCUCUCUGCAAUCUCAAAUGGCUGUUGGAAAGAUUAUGUAAGUUGUCUUUUGACUUUUUCAAGGGAUCUGUUAAUAAAGACAAACUCCUUCCAGUUA